CGGAAAUGGGACGGGCUGCCAUCGUCCAGUCUUGUCUUAAUUGCCUCGCGCCUGGUCCGCUCCGAACACCACGACCAAGCGACGGAAGUGUAGGCAGCAGAUCAAAAGUGCACAUUUGGAGCGCAUGGAGCCCAAACGCCAAAACGAGGCGGUGGAGCGGCUGUUCGGCGAGCUGGCCACUCUCCUCGAGCUGUUGGAUGGCGAGAACCUCAGCGCCACCACUGCCCACAAGAUGGCGUCCGUGCGCAACAUCCUGGACACGCUGCAGGCUUCAGGCGGCGGCUCGGAGGUGUACGUCAACAGCUAUGGCGACGGCACCAGCUUCGUCGAGUCUUUGUUCGAGCGCUUUGACUGCGAUCUGCACACGCUCAGUACCUCUCCCGUCCAACAGAGGGUGGAAGAGGAAGAGGAGACACUUCCAGACAAAUCGACACCCACGGAUACGCCCCCUCCGCUGCCUACCACGCCCCUCCCGGAGGACUACUACGAGGAGGCCCUUCCGCUAGACCAGGACUCGGCCCCCCAGUACUUCACCACCAACGUGGACGCAGCUUCCAGGAACUCUGAGGAAGACGCCUACUACGAAGACGCAGACGACAACUACCCCACUACCAGGAUCAACGGGCCUCCCAAAAACUCCUAUAACGACUCAGACGGAGUGAGCAGCUCCUACGAGUCGUACGAGGAGGACGACGAGUCCAAAGCGCAGAGUCCUCCUCGGAGGCGGAGCCCCGUGGGCGGGAGUUCGGACGCUCCGAUCAGGGACUGCCGGAUUUGCGCCUUUCUGCCGCGGAAGAAGCGAUUCGGGCAGUGGGCCAAACAGCUGGUGGUGGUUCGGGAUAACAAACUACAGUGCUACAAGAGUAUCAAGGAGAGCAGCCCCCACACGGAGCUUCCCCUCAGCCAGUGCAGCGUCCAAUACGUCAACAAGGACGGCCGCAAGAAGAAAAGGCACGAGCUGCGCUUCUCUACGCAUGCCGGAGAGGUUCUGGUUCUGGCCGUGCAGAGCAAAGAGCAGGCCCAGCGAUGGAUGGAGGUGGUGCAAGAUGUCAGCAGCCAUUGUGGCAACACGGACCCUCUCAACGCAUCAACUUCUCCCGUCAUUCAGCGGAAGACGGAGAUUGACAAGAUGCUGCAGUCUGACAAACACGCGUCAGACUCGGACAGCGGGCCCACCACAGACUGCCGGUCAUUCCCGCAUGGACCGCCGCUGGGACCGGGACCAGGACGGGAUGCUAGUGACACACUCAGCAAAGCGAAGCGCGGCAGCGGCGCCUUGUCGGAGUUGACGGGCUCCAUGAGCCGCGCGGCGGGCAAGACCAUCAAUCAAAUCAUCACCUUCUCCAAACGCAAGCCGCCCAUCCCCUCCGGGCGCCACCAAAACCCUGGCUGCGGGUAUCUCAGCGCGUGCGUGGGCGGAGUCUGGAAGGAGUGCUGGUGCACGGUGCGAGCGGGAACUCUGAAGCUACAGAGGGACCCGGGUGACCAGCGGCCCCCCGUCGCGACGGUCCCCCUGCGGGGGGCAGAGGUGGUGCCCGGGGGGCUCGGCCCCAAGCAUCCCUUCUCCUUCCGCAUCCUGCAGGGAGGGGCGGAGCUAGUCGCCUUGGAGGCCAGCUGCUCGGAGAAUAUGGGCCGCUGGCUGGGCGUCCUGCUGGCCGAGACGGGCAGCAGCGCGCUGCCCGAAGAACUCCACUACGACUACGUGGACGUGGACACGCUGACGGACAUCCGCCACGCCGCCCGACACUCCUUCCUCUGGGCCACUUCCUGCCAGCGCGGCGCCGUCACGUACGACGACGUCUACGAAAGCGUGGCGGACGACGACGACUGCGCGGCGACCAGAGGCGGCCCGCCAAGGCGCCGCGCGUCCUUCUCCAGCAGAGACUCGGAUAAGACGGAGCAGCAGGCCACCAUCAAGAGACACGCCUCCAGCGUCAACCAGUAUGCUCGCUACGGGAAAUUGCGUGCCGAGGACGACGCCAGGAGAUACGUGACGGAGAAAGCGGAGCUGGAGAGGCAGAAGGAUGCCCUCAGACGCGCCCUGAACGCCCUGCGCGCCGAGAGGAGAAGCUUGAAGGAAUUAAAGGACGCUCGCAACACAGCGCUCGCAGACCCGGCCGUGGAGCGUCGUUUGGUCCAGUUGGAGACGCUGUGCAAGCAGAAGGAGGAGGAGCGGGUGGAGCUUGAGCUCAAGCUGACCCAAGUCAAAGAAAACCUCAACAAGUCGUUGGCCGGCGGCGCCAUCACGGCCCCGCCCACCAGCGCUACGCUCGUCACCAAGGUGUGCCAUGACAAGGCGAGCAAAGUGUCCAGCAACAGCAGCGUGAUUCCCGUCAACUCGGCUUCGGAGCUGCGAAAGCGCCCGCCCUCGCUCUACGCCUCCUCCAAGGGAAACGUCAUGCAGAAGGCCAAGGAGUGGGAGUCCAAGACGUGCACGUAAUGACUCCCGCCUUGAGGACAUGAGCAAGACCCAAAGGGACACGUGGACAGUGUGACCUUGACCACGCCACCUUGGCGUGUGGACGGGACGCGAUGAUGACGGGAGGUAAGGAUGGGCCCCGCCCCUCCUCUCACCAGCAUAUCAUUCAGAAAGUGCCUUAAUGACCACUCAGCGGCGCCCCCUGGCGUCUGAUUGGAUGACUUGAACUCAUAAAUGAUGAUGACGAUGGUUUGGUGUAUUCUACUGCUGCACUUUAUGGCAUUGAACUAAAAAGACUUGGUCAACGUCUA